AUGUCGGCGAAAGCUAGUGACUCAUCGUUGCUCUGGAGUCCAGAGAACCUCUGGCGCGGUCCACCAGCGUCGUCGAUAUCUUCCAAGGUCAAACCAGUAGCAUCGAGCGUCCGUGUGGUCAAGAGAAAGCCGGUUCCCACAAUUCCAGCAGAGCUUUUGCAACAGCAUUUAUCCUCGAGCAGCUCCGUAUCCACUCUGAUUGCCACAACGCCUGUGCAGGCGGCAGAAACAGUGAGCUUUGUCACAGAUACUGGCGCCCCACCAACGCACGAGUCACCCAGUAGUUUGACGCUAACUGCCAGCUCAAUACACCCGCCUCAGCGACACUACCUUCUGGAGAUUGACACCCCUUUUUCUUCUCAAGAUGAUCAACGUGAUGCUGAUGACUCUGUUCAACAGCUCCUCCGCUCUACCCCCACGUCGCCAUCUCCUGCAGUCUAUCGACCGCGCAAGGGCCCGUUGAAAUGGGUGGCAGAUAGAGAAGAGCACGCUGCCAAUGCAUCAUCAUCUACUCUGUCUGUUCGACAGCCCACGCUAAGUCGUAAGACCAGCAUCUCGGCUCAUCUAAAGCUAUCUCUGCGACGCAACAAGACUGAGGACCAGCCCGGUACAAGCCUCACUAUUUCCGCGCCCACCAACUUUGUCCACAUUUGCACGGGUGCUGAAGCUCCAUCCGCUGUUUCUAACAGCGCCUCGCUUCGACGUACAUCCACCACCUCUCACCGUUUCUCGCAGCAUUCGUCCACCUCGUCCUCCCUGAGCAGGACAUCAUUGGAUACUGCAAACUCGAGCUCUCAUGAGCAAGCUGUGAACGAAGACAAGCCUUUGUACGCAGCUCUGGAGAAAAAGAACCCCCUGCGACCACUCAAGUCGAUUCGACGUCCUUCUAAGCUUUCCUUGAAGCAGCUCGAGCCCGUGCUAAAUCUUCCCAAUGGUCACCCGACGAGUCCCAAAGACAAGCGCAAAGGCAUUUAUGCGGCUCCUGGGUCAGUUCCGGAGAUCUUUGAACCUGCCCAGGUGUCAACACUCGCCAAAGCGUCCACGCCCGACCCGAACCCUCUCGCAUCGCCAGUCACUUCACGAGCCGGCGAGCACUUUGCCGCUCAACUCGACCGCUCCAUCGACCGUGCUCGUGGCCACUCUUCCAACCGAGGGGACCUCUCACCCGAGCCCGAGCUCAGCAGAAGUCCUGGUUCGGGCUACGGAUCAUCCAUGUGCGCAAGCAAUAGGUCUAGCCUGGGCUCGUUGCACGAGUUCCGCACCUUUCUCGAUUUCCCCGAUUUGAUGUCUGUGUCUCGACGCAACUCGGACAAGGAGAAGAACGAAGACGAUCUCUGGUCUGGCUCAGCAUUGGCCACACCCGUUCAUCUUCAGAAAUUUUGA